AUGUCUGGAGUUGUACCAGGUCCACAAGAAGAUAAAAAACCAGUUAUUGAUCAAAAGCAGACGCCGAAGGCUGAAAAACCCAGUCAUAUUAACAUUACUGUCAAGAAAAAUGAUGAUAAUACUGAGGUUGCGUUCAGAAUCAGGCGGAGCAGUCAGUUUAGCAAGCUCAUCAGUGCUUACUGUGAGAUGAAGAAAAUUGAUAACAAGACCUACCGUUUCUUAUAUGAUGGUAAAAGACUAGACCCGAAACAGACACCAGAUGAUAUUGAAAUGGAAGCAGACGGUGAUCAAAUUGAUGUCAUGCUGGAGCAAGAUGGUGGUGGCAAAGCACUAAAUGUUGCACAAGUAUGUUGGGAUUAUUAG